GGGGGCGGGUGCACGAUGAGAAAAUCCAACACUUGAUGCAAGGAGGAGCCAAAUCCUUUAACAACGUGACUUCCUAUAGGCUAAACCCUCAAAUAGAGAAGGGGGGGUGGGGUGGUGUAAUGAUGCAAAAGUGACCCCAGCGUGGUGAGACCUUGUGUUUCCUCUCCUCAAUGGAGCUUCUAUGGAAAUGGUGGAGCAUGUGCUAACUUCCUCCUUGAAGCACCGAGGAUAUAACCUCUAUUCUUCCACUUUGCACCCAUGAACUCCCCGCGUCCCAGACCAUGAAGACAACUCGCAAAUGCAGGACUCUUCUGUCGGUGGGCCUGAACUUCUUCGCCUUGUUCUUCUCCAUCACGGCUUUCAUCACCACCUACUGGUGUGUCGGGACGCAGAGGGUACCCAAGCCCAAGUGCAGUAAGCUGCGAACCCACCAGUGCAUCGACUACGGCGUGAACGAGACGGACCCCAACAAGGUGGUUUACAGCUGGGAGACCGGGGACGACCGCUUCCUGUUCCGCCAGUUCCACACCGGCAUCUGGUUUUCUUGUGAGGAGAACAUCCACGAUGAAAGUGAGAGAUGCAGAAGCUUCAUCGAUUUGGCGCCUGCAUCAGAGAAAGGGAUGCUGUGGCUGUCGCUGGUCUCUGAGAUGCUCUACAUCAUUUUACUGGUGGUGGGCUUCAGCCUCAUGUGCUUGGAACUCGUCCACUCCAGCAACGUCAUCGACGGACUCAAGCUCAAUGCCUUCGCUGCGGUCUUCACGGUGCUCUCAGGUCUCCUGGGCAUGGUGGCUCAUGUGAUGUACACACAAGUCUUCCAGGUCACCGUCAGUCUGGGGCCCCCCGACUGGAGACCCUAUAACUGGGACUAUGGCUGGUCCUUCUGCAUGGCCUGGGCGUCCUUCACCUGCUGCAUGGGCGCGUCGGUCACCACGCUCAACUCCUACACAAAGACCGUCAUUGAGUUCAGGCACAAACGAAAGACCUUCGAGCAAAGCAUUCGGGAGGAACACGCCAGGGAGGCUUUUGAAUAUUUCCGAGAACCCUCUGUACACUCCAUUUCCAAAUCUGUGGAGAUUUAUUCCAGCCAGACUCUGAAGAGUGGCAGGAUAACUCCCAUACCGGCGGACUCCUUAGACCUGAGUGACAUUCGGGGUUCUUUGGGGGAAGAACAGUGCUGAGAGAGGCCAUACGGUGGUCUAUAAGAUCCACGGGAAACAUUUAAACCUUGCCUUAAUUCAAUCUUGUCCCGUGGGGGGGUACGGAGUUCUCUUUAUAAACAAUGUAGAUGUUCAAGAAAAUUCCCGUUAUUGCAGUGAAGGUCUCUUGGAUGCUUCUUGCCUUAUUGAACAAUCUUAUCUUACACCCUAGACUGGUGGCCAGCCAAUCACAGGGCACAUAUAUAUAGACAAACAACCAUUCACACUCACAUUCAUACCUAUGGACAAUUUGGAGUCGCUAAUUAACCUAGCAUGUUUUUUUUUUUUAAAUGUGGGAGGAAACCGGAUUACCCGCUCAUAAAUUGGUAUUGCAAUAAAACAACAUUAUCGGCUGCACGGUGCUCAAGUGGUUAGCGCACAGGCCUCACAGCUAGGAGACCCGAGUUCAAUUCCACCCUCGGCUAUCUUUGUGUGGAGUUUGCAUGUUCUCCCGGUGCAUAUGCAACGCGAGGAUCCAUUGUGUGUUACAUAAAGAUAAGUCAAAAAUGUGAACGGCAUGAUAUCAAAAACAUGUUUUUUUGAGGAAUACCUGCAAUAUGAAAUGAUUAAAAAAAAUUUCAUUAUGAAGAUAUUUCAAGAAAACAACCUGACCGAGUCAUUUUUGACCCACUUAUGGAAGGUUGGGGUAGUAACACAAAAAUAAAAAUUUCUUAAAAUGUAUAAAAGGUAACUUAAAAAUGUGAACGGCAUGAUAUCAAAAACAUGUUUUUUGAGGAAUGCCUGGAAUAUGAAAUGAUAACAAUUUUUCAUUAUGAAGAUAUUUCAAGAAAACAACCUGACCGGGUCAUUUUUGACCCACUUAUGGAAGGUUGGGGUAGUAACACAAAAAUAAAAAUUUCUUAAAAUGUAUAAAAGGUAACUUAAAAAUGUGAACGGCAUGAUAUCAAAAACAUGUUUUUUGAGGAAUGCCUGGAAUAUGAAAUGAUAAAAAAAAUUUAAUUACAAAGAUAUUUCAAGAAAACAACCUGACCGGGUCAUUUUUGACCCACUUAUGGAAGGUUGGGGUAGUAACACAAAAAUAAAAAAUUCUUAAAAUGUGUAGAAGGUAAAGUAAAAAUGUGAACGGCAUGAUAUCAAAAACAUGUUUUUUUGAGGAAUACCUGGAAUAUGAAAUGAUAAAAAAAUUUUCAUUAUGAAGAUAUUUCAAGAAAACAACCUGACCGGGUCAUUUUUGACCCACUUAUGGAAGGUUGGGGUAGUAACACAAAAAAUAAAAUUUCUUAAAAUGUAUAAAAAUCUCUGUGUGGAGUUUGCAUGUUCUCCCGGUGCAUGCGUGGGUUUUUUCCGGAUUCCUACCACAUUCCUAAAACAAAAAAAAUUCCAAAUUGUCCAUAGGUAUGAAUGUGAGUGUUUUUAGCAUGUUUUUGGAAUGUGGGAGGAAACCGGAGUACCCGGAGAAAACCCACGCAUGCACAGGCUACAAACAUGCAAACUCCUAGCUGUGAGGUCUGCACGCUAACCACUCGACCGCCGUGCCGCCGUAUUGAACAACAGGUUUUUAUGCAAAUGAAAGACGGAUGCAAUCAUUUUCAACUCGCAAAAUAAAGCCACAAAUGCUAAUCUUGUGCCUACACAGACGUGCAAUUGUGAUGUUGACGUAUGUACUAUGUAAGUAAGUAAGCAAGUCCAUACUGUAAGUGUGUGGUAUUUUUGUACACAGUUAUAGUUAUACUGGAUCAUCGUGAAGGAUGAAAAAAGGAAGAAUCUGUCGUCUUGGAUUUCAAUUUCUGGCAUUUUUAUGUUUGAUGUUUUCUGCUUCAGUUUGAAGACAAUAAAUUGUAAGUUGAGAAAAUGUGUCAUUCUUAAAUUUAGUUUGGCCAGUGAUUGGACGUUGUACCUUAGAGGGCAGUGUUGUGUCGUGAAAAACUGGCAGAAGCCUUUACUGUGAAGGAGUAAGUAUUCAGCCAGCUUUAUUACUGGAGUGUCCAAAUUGUAUACAUUUUUGUGCAUCAAAACAAAUCCAAUAUAUGCUAACCUAGUCUCAAUAGGCGGCUUGUGGGCCAGAUUUGACCCACCAAACAAUGUAAACCAA